GGCUCCGGCCCCGCCCCCGCCGCGCUAUAAGGGCGCGCGCCGCGGGGCGGGCGGAGCGGUGGUAGUAGCCAUGGCGCUGAACCCGGUGCUGGGGAAGCUGGUCAGCAAGCGGGUGGUGCUGGCCAGCGCCUCGCCCCGCCGCCAGGAGAUCCUCGCCAACGUGGGCUUGCGAUUUGAGGUGGUUCCAUCCUGGUUUAAAGAGACACUUGAAAAGUCAUCUUUUGCAGCCCCUUAUGAGUAUGCUAUGGAAACAGCAAAACAGAAGGCUCUGGAAGUAGCGAACAGGAUGCAUAUAAAACACCUGAGAACACCUGAUGUUGUCAUAGGAGCAGACACUAUUGUGACUGUGGAUGAGCAGAUCCUGGAGAAACCAGUUGAUAAACAAGAUGCGUAUAGGAUGCUGUCGAAGUUGAAUGGAAAAGAACACAGUGUGUUCACAGGAGUGGCUAUUAUACAUUGCAGCAGUAAAGAUAAUCAGCUAGAGACAGAAGUCACUAAUUUCUAUGAAGAGACUAAAGUAAAAUUUUCUGACCUGUCUGAAGAGCUGUUAUGGGAGUACAUUCAUAGUGGUGAGCCAAUGGACAAGGCUGGUGGAUAUGGAAUCCAGGCCCUCGGUGGAAUGCUAGUUGAGUACGUCCAUGGAGACUUCUUGAAUGUGGUGGGAUUUCCUCUGAAUCACUUCUGCAAAAAGCUAGCAGAAUUGUACUAUCCACCUCUGAAACAUAACAUACAACAUAAAAAGUAUGACUCUAUCCCUUCUGUGGACACUUUUGAGAAUCUAAGUGAUGGAGAAAGUGAAUCAUCAAAUUCCACAGAGCAUAAAGAUGCUAGUAAGUUGGACAGCAGUGGGAUGUAUUCCUCAGAAGCUAUUUACAAUUCUGAAACAAGUUCUAGUGUCAGAACUGGUUUUAUGGUACCUUUGGAAAAUCAGAAUGGAGUGUCAGAAAGUGCAGCAAAAUCCCCAUCUAAAAUUCUAGAGCUGAUGGAUGGGUUUAGAGCGUCAAAGGCUUUGUUUGUAGCUUCUAAGCUGAAGAUCUUUGAUCAUCUGAAAGAUAAAGGUCCACUAAAGGCUGUGAAUAUUGCAAAUGAGAUUGGAACCUCUGUGUGUGGAACAGAAAGACUCCUGGAUGCAUGUGCUGCUCUUGGAUUACUGGAGAAAACAACACAAGGUUACAGUAAUACAGAUUCAGCAAAUACCUACCUGACUUCAGAUGGUGAAUACUCACUUUAUGGCUACAUUAUCCACUCUAAUGACCACCUUUGGCCUCUCUUCACAAACUUGGAGUCAGCUGUCAAAGAAGGAAGCAGGCAGAACCAUCGAGCAUUUGGGAAAAAAGCAGAUGAUUUGUUUAAGGACUAUUAUCACAGCCAAGAGGUGACGCAACGUUUUAUGGCUGCCAUGCACAGCAUUGCCCAUCUGACAGCAAAAGACGUGGCUACAGCAUUUGAUCUUUCACAGUUUAAAUCUGCUUGUGAUUUAGGAGGUUGCACGGGAGCUCUGGCUCAUGAAUUAGUACGAAUAUACCCAAAUCUCAAGGUCACAGUAUUUGACCUUCCAGAAGUCAUUGCAAACACCUCUUACUUUCAGCCUUCAGGACAACACACAGCUCCAGUGACAUUUGUAUCAGGCGACUUCUUCAAGGAUAGUCUUCCAGAAGCAGAUCUUUACAUCCUUUCACGUGUUCUUCAUGAUUGGCCUGAUGAAAAGAUACAUUUGCUGUUAAGCAAGAUAUCAGCUCUUUGUAAACCAGGCUGCGGUAUUUUGCUGGCUGAAAUGGUACUGGAUGAUGAGAAGAAGAAGAGAAGCACAGCUCUACUGCAGUCUUUGAACAUGCUUGUGCAGACAGAGGGAAAGGAAAGAAGUGGUUCUGAAUACCGAGGCUUGCUGGAACAACAUGGAUUAACUAAUGUCAAAAUCAGAUUGACAGGGAAUUUGUUAGAUGUCAUUCUCUGUGUUAAGACCUAAAAAAACCCGGAUAUCGUAGUAAAAUCUGGAUGAUUCUAGUCAUUUUUGAUAUGUUGUGAUUAUGUAAAUACAUUUUCAGUUUCCCAUCAAUAUCAUAAACAAGAAAUGUCAGCUUUCUGAAGUUACUUUUAAAAAGGGGGGGAGAUUGAUUGCAUUUGUUUUGAACUUGAGUAAAAUAACAGUGAUACUGUGGCUGUACAACAUCUGCAGUACUUUCAGAAACGAGUCUUCAAAUAGUGUCAGCAACUCUGCAGCCAUAUUCAUGAUGCUGAGAAAUCAUGAUUCCUUCAUACUUGAUACAAUUAGAAUAGUCAAGUUUUCAGACUAGUGGACAUUGUCUUACCUGUCUUUCAGGAGUUUAAAGCACAUAUUAUUUCAGUACUCCAUCAUCAUCUGUUUUAAAAUCAUUUUAUGUUACACACGCUACUGUGAAUAAAGAAACAUUGUCUAAUGAAGUCUGGAAACUGCUACUGCAAUGCCAUUGUCAAGAUUGGAACAGAAAAACUGGAACAGCAACUUCUCAAGAGUCAAAACAGACUCUUCCUUCCGUGAGGCUUCUGGAAAAAGAAAGCCUUAUGAAAGCAUGUUUCAUCCGUGAUUGUAACUGGAAAUGAAAUGUGAGAGUACCACAUUUAGUUCCAGAACAUCUUCCUUCUUCUUAGCCCUACUUAAUCUGUGAGCUGUUACGGAAGUGGAUAGCAGAGUAUGCGAUUAGAUGAAGAACAGAAAAAGGGGAAAAAGUGCAGAAACAGAAGGAAAAGAAUGGUGCUAAAGAGAAAAGGAUUUCCCCCAGCCAGAUGCACCUGAGCUCCCAAGGUGAAUGGGACAGGCCAACUAUUGACUGAACAGUUUCAUGUCACAAAAGUCAUGUAUGUUUUAUUUCCAUUUUUCAAACUAACAACGAUUCAAAGUCCAAGAGUAUGAAGUUCCUUUUAAAUCAAUAGAAUACAUUAUAAGGAAAAAUAUCCGAGCCUUCCACAUACUGUGUUGUGCUAUAAGAGUAUUAACAAUCAGCUAUGAGCUUUUUUAAAAAGUAUACCACACUAAGCGGUGUGUGUCUGCUUGAAUACGCACUAGAGCCUUUCAUUAAUCACACACAAAAUAUGGUCCUGUCAUGCUGUAUGUGCCCAAUCCUGUGUGGGCACAGGAGUCACUUCACUAUUAUCUGUUAUGAUUUAGAAUACAAAACAGCACACAGUUUACUUUCUGUCUUUUGACGUGCAAAAAAAAAAAAA